GCGAUCACAUUUAGAACACCAUCAAUUCAUCCGAAAACUUUAAAUAAAACUAAAAACAAACUCGUGUCGGAGUUUUCUGAAUCGCGACCUAGUAUUUCCAAUCCAAUGGUUUAAAUGAGUCGCAUAAAAAUCAUCUAAAUCUGAGGCUCAACGAGAAGUUGAAAAUCAUCAAACCGAUGCAAAUAUUCAGCAUCAAGAGACGCGAAUACGCCAACUUCGAUGAACCCAAACGUUAAUUCUACGUGGCAGAUAUUUUCUUAAGAUUCCUGACGAAUUUAUAAGAAGGGCACAUUUCAUCCGCUAAGCAGGUUCAGGAUUUGUUCAGGGAUUUAUUGAGAGAUGUCAUAAACGAAAGCAGUUAUAAUUUGAAUGAAGAACAACUCUCCGAUGAGCAGAGAAAGUUUUAAAAACAAUAUUAUUAUAGUGAUCUUUAGAGUAUCGACUCUAAUAAGGAUUUAGUUUAGAGAUUGCAUGAAGAAGAGGCGUUAAGGCGUUGAAGAAGAUUGAAGAGACGAAGGAGCAGCAGGAUUUUACGAAGAAUCUGUUCAAAGGAGAGAUUAGUUUCUUCUCAUUGUUACUAUUGUUAUUGCAAUUUGUCUUCAGGAGAGACAUUAUGGAACAGUUGAAAGCAAUUAUGCCUCGUCUCCUCGACGUUUACUCGCACUUGCUGACUUUCCACCAACUACCUAUGAGAAUGAUUUGUCCAUUCGAGCAAAGAACCGAUGUAGAAACGACGUUAAGCUUGAUUCUUGAAUGUGAACGUCUGAUUAGGUGCGGAGAGAAAUUGGAGAUGUGCAAAUUGGAGAUGAUGAUGAAAGACUUCAACACAAUUAUUAAAAGAAUUGUAAAGUUCCAAUCGUUCGAAUGCGAUUGCAAAGUCGUCACGAAGUACGUCAAACUAAAUUUCAAGUCUUGUUCGGGUUUCGGCAACAAGUUGCCCGAACUGGAGGAAACCUAUCGGAUGUUCUCAUCGUACAUCCAGCAAACACUUGACAGUUUAUAUAAAUCGCACAAAGAUCCGAUAAAUAAUAAUCUGAAGCACAACGUGAAAUUGAAAAUCAACGACCUGACGCAACUGUUCAACAUCAAGAAACGCGAAUACGCCAACUUUCAGGACCGCUUCAUCGAUUUAACCGAAUACUUAGUACGUAAGAUAAAAGCCGCAGACGGUUCAUCGAUCUAUGUGGAAGAGGCUAAAAGAUACUUGAAUGGAGAUAACGACACAUUCUUAAGCUUCAUGAAGUUAGAGGACGUCGUUUUUAUGGAAAGUACUUUUGGGAGCCUUUCAGGCUCUAAGCAGGUUCAGGAUUUGUUAAGGAAUUCUUUAAAAGAUGUCAUGAAGAAAAGACAUUUUAGUUUGGAUAAUCUGGAGAAGACUGAGAAGACCGAUGAACAGGAGAAGUUGUUAAUGGAUUUAAAAGCGCUUUAUAACGAUUUGGAAGAGGUUUCGACGAGCGUUGAUUUCAUGAAAACAACGUUCGUGCCCUCUGGCCUGACAUAUCUUCAGCAACCUCAGUUCAAUAUGAAUCGCUUCAAGAAGCAGCUCGGCCAGAUUCUAGGAUCGUCAAUUGCCGAAACGUACGAAGAAGUAUAAUUUCAUCACAUUUGACGGCACCAGGCGUUUCAAUCGUUCAAUCAGACGCAAGAUUUGUGCUGUGGAUCAAUUAUCUAUUAAUUUGACUAAAAUUUGCAUAUUGUAAAUUAUAAAAUUUAUUAUAUUUUUACAAACA